AUGAAGCGCCCUUUAAGUCCUGAUUACAUCGUUGAAGAUGGAAUUAUGAAUAUGGCAACCUUUCUGAGAGGUUUUGAAGAAAAAGGGCUCAAGCAUGAACGACCUGACUCUCAACUGAAUAAAGAAAAAAAGAAAAUUCUCUUUUCCUUCUGUGAUGUGUGCAACAUUCAGCUGAACUCUGCAGCCCAAGCUCAGGUCCAUUACAAUGGGAAAUCACAUCUGAAGAGAGUAAAGCAGCUGAAUGAUGGGAAGGUCCCUGCACAUUCUUCAAGUCCUGGAUCCCUGUUGGUGGGCACAAGUACAGGCAGUACAUGCCACAGUACUACACUUCCUGCACUUGUGCGUACACCUACCUUGAUGAUGCAGCCUUCCCUGGAUAUCAAACCAUUUAUGUCUUUUCCAGUGGACAGUAGUUCUGCUGUUGGGCUCUUUCCAAAUUUUAACACAAAAAGAAGAGGCUUGUUUGGGACCAAUAAAUUCUGCCAGAUGGAUCCUGUGCAAAAGGCAGUUAUAAACCACACGUUUGGAGUAUCCAUUCCUCCAAAGAAGAAACAAGUUAUUUCUUGUAAUGUCUGUCAGCUUCGUUUUAACUCUGAUAGCCAGGCCGAGGCCCACUACAAAGGAAGUAAGCAUGCCAAGAAGGUCAAAGCGCUUGAGGCAUCGAAAAAUAAACAAAAAGCUGGUUCUUCCAAGGACAGCGCAAAGGCUAAUCCCAGCUGCUCCAUCCCACCAGUCCCAGGCAACAGCUCUGACAAAUCAGAAGAUAAAGGGAAGUUGAAAGCCAAUAGUUCUGUUCAACCUUCGAGCACUGAUGGAGGUUUAUUUCUACCCAAAUCUGGAGCAACAACCCCUUUACCCCUGGGAGCAGUGACCUCGCCUUCCAAGAGCACCAAUGGAGCUCCCAGUGCCGUUUCUGAAUCAGAAGAGGAAAAAGCCAAAAAAUUACUUUACUGUUCACUAUGCAAAGUGGCUGUGAACUCUCUGUCACAGCUAGAGGCCCAUAACACAGGAUCCAAACACAAGACAAUGGUUGAAGCUCGCAAUGGGGCUGGUCCAAUUAAGUCCUACCCAAGACCUGGAUCCAGGUUAAAGAUUCAGAAUGGCAGCAAGGGUUCAGGAUUGCAGAACAAAACGUUUCAUUGUGAAAUCUGUGAUGUUCAUGUGAAUUCGGAAAUUCAACUUAAGCAGCACAUUUCUAGCAGAAGGCACAAGGACAGGGUAGCUGGGAAGCCCAUGAAACCGAAAUAUAGCCCUUACAACAAACUCCAACGGAGCCCAAGUAUUUUAGCCGCAAAACUCGCAUUCCAGAAAGAUAUGAUUAAGCCUUUGGCCCCGGCUUUCCUCUCCUCUCCUCUGGCUGCGGCAGCAGCUGUCUCAUCUGCCCUGUCCCUGCCUCCCCGGCCAUCUACAUCAUUAUUCCAGGCUCCAGCCAUACCACCAGCUCUCCUGAGGGCAGGCCACGGACCCAUCCGAGCAACUCCUGCAUCCAUCCUAUUUGCUCCAUACUAA